AUGGGUCUAAAAUCGGGGCAGACCACCAGUUCUGUAUGUAUAACUACGUAUAUUGUAGAAGCUAUAAUUUGCUACCAAUGUGCCGAUUCCAAGGCUUUCGGAGACUGCCAGUAUAAUUAUGACCUGUUCAAGAAGUCUGUAAUGACUUAUCUGGAAGCCAACGAAACUAUUGGCGGGAAGAAGGACAGAGGUUACCUCAAGAACUGUACAUCUACCUGGGGAGACUACUGUGUCAUCGAAAGUUACCAAGAAAGAGUGACAGGUGAAACAUUUUCCUUCAUUCGAGGAUGUUCUAAAGGGCAAAACGACAUAUCUGUGAAAGGAUUUCUAAAUUUUACCACCGAUAAUCAGACAAGCUGUACCUACUAUCCACAAUCGCAGGAUCAUCUCCUUGCUUGUGUCUCGUGGUGCAACACCAGUUUCUGUAAUGGUCCAAUUUUUGAGAUUGAUAAACUAGCAGAAGAAAUUAGCACCAGUUGUCGUCCACUGUUGCAUACAAUCCUUAUAGUGAUUCAUUUUCUGAUAAUAGCAGUUUAUAGGUGCAUGUGACUCGCAUUUUUCUAAAACAUCUUCGUAGAAUGAUUAACGUGGUUUGGAAUCUCGAAAUAAUAUUUUACCAACCUACCUUUAAAAAUAGAGUGUUUUAAACCCGAUUGCUAAAAUGAGAUUACAGUGGAAUAAUUUAAAUUUAUGUUUACAAUUUUUUGUGAAUUUCAAAAAUUAACAAAUUCAUUGAAUGCUAUUUCAAAUGCAGACCUCGUUUUGAAAUAUGUGCUUUAGCUACACG